AUGAAGCUCAACGUCUCCUACCCGGCCAAUGGGUCGCAGAAGAUCAUCGAGGUCGAUGACGAGCGCAAGCUCCGUCCCUUCAUGGAGAAGCGCAUGGGAACCGAAAUUCCCGGCGACUCCCUCGGUGAUGAAUUCAAGGGUUACGUCUUCAAGAUCACCGGUGGUAACGACAAGCAAGGUUUCCCCAUGAAGCAGGGUGUUCUCCUUCCUACCCGUACCCGCCUGCUCCUCAGCGAUGGCCACAGCUGCUACCGCCCCCGCCGCACCGGUGAGCGCAAGCGCAAGUCCGUCCGUGGUGCCAUCACCAACUUCGACCUUGCCGUCCUGGCCCUCUCUAUCGUCAAGCAGGGUGAGGGUGAGCUUCCCGGUCUGACCGACUCCGUCGUCCCCAAGCGUCUCGGUCCUAAGCGUGCCACCAAGAUCCGCCGCUUCUUCGGUCUCGACAAGAAGGACGACGUCCGCAAGUUCGUCAUCCGCCGUACCGUCACCAAGGAGGGCAAGCCCGAAUACACCAAGGCCCCCAAGAUCCAGCGUCUGGUCACUCCCCAGCGUCUCCAGCACAAGCGCCACCGCAUGGCCCUCAAGCGCCGUCGUGCGGAGUCUUCUCGCGAGGCUGCUAACGAGUACUCCAAGCUCCUUGCCGGUCGUGUUCACGAGGAGAAGUCCAAGCGUGAGGAGAUCCGCAAGCGCCGGGCGUCUUCGAUGAGGAAGUAAAUGCGUUGUUUUUCUCCAGGGGUUUAAUAUGGUCGGUCGGGUUACGUCUCUUGUCUCUUAUCAUGGCUUAAGGAAACCGAAUGAAUAAAUAAAAAAGUUUUCUUCAGCGACUUGAAAGGGGACAACAAAAGAAGACUGCGAAGGGGGCGGGUUCCUUUGACAAUCUAUCAAACUCAGGUUCUUUUUAUGAAGAAAGAGAAAGAUAUCUUCUAUUUUCAUUUUAUUGAUUGAGCUCUGGGGGAGGCGUGUAUCUGCAGGGACCAUGUGAAGUGCAGAUAAAAUAAAGAUAUCAAAAUUUGGAGUGCAAUGGGAUGUUUCAUUUUUUCUUAUUCUUUUUCUAUACUUCGGCUUGUCU